CUGGUUGCCACUAAAGUGUAUAUGUCCUAUAACUCACAACAGUUCAUCAAUGUUAUGCAUGGCUAAUUUUGGUCAAAUCUGGUAUGUAUGGGUCACACAUGGUGUUUUAACAGCAGAGCUUUUUCCUGAUGGGCCCACAGCCUCCAAUCACCGGGCAUGACCGUAUUGCCACGCAGGGUACGACUGCGCAAAAUCUUCCUCCGCUGCAGGAAACGCAAGCGACUGCAGUCCAAGUAUCGGCCCCGAUCGUCGUCUCGAGUCCCUCAACGUCGUCAAAUUCUGCGCCGACGCAUCCCAGUGCAUCUUCUAGUCCCAGCGCGGGUCGCGAGACAUCCCAGGAACCUGUUGACUCUCUGAGCCUUCUCCCAAGCGGGAGGAGAGAGAGUCUUCGGGCCAUCGUGUGGAGGCUCGUUAGCUCCACGGGGGUCGCUCACCAGUCGAGCGGGAGCCAACACGGAGUGGUCGCCUACUGGCGACGGAGCGGCCUCGUAGAGGCGCGGGAGCGUCAAAACACGCGUCGAACACGCGUUCGCGGCACGUUCCGCAGGCGACGGUAAAGCCGGUCGCUCUAGGACGUGCGGGAGCGCGCGUAGC